UUAGAAUAGAUCAGACGACAUGUCUGUUUGUGGCGGGGUGUGUGUAUCAGAGAAUAAAACUGACCACAACAUGUACGAGAUGGACAUGACGAACGAGAAGGAGACUAUAAUUAGAUUAAGAGAUGCUGGUACUGAUAAUAUAGCAACGGAUAAAAACAGAAAUGGCGAAGCUGGUGUCGGUAAAGACAAACUGAAGACAUUUGUCAAACAUUUGACGAUGGCAAGUACGGUGCCGCCUCUAACUACCCAUAUCUUAGAUACAGCUACAGGUGUACCUGCAGCUAAUGUCCCAAUGGUGUUAUACAGACAAAAUACAUCUGAAGGGUUUGAUGAAUUAGAACGUGGGAACACUAAUAAUGAUGGUAGAGGAGGAUUUUUAAAGGGAGGUAACUGGCAGCCUGGUGUAUAUAAACUUCAUUUUAACACAGAUGCUUAUUUCAAACAACAGAAUACAACAGGAUUUUACCCAUAUGUUGAGGUUGUUUUUAGAAUAGUAGAUCCAAAUCAGCAUUACCAUGUUCCGUUGUUGCUAGCACCAUAUGGAUAUAGUACAUAUAGAGGAAGUUGACCUGAUGCUGGUGAUCAUGUGACUAUUGCUAGGUGAUAAUAAUAUAACCUGCGUAACUAUGUGUGGUAUUGUGUGAAAUGCUUAUGGAAAGUAUAUCCAAGAAAUUUAAAUAAAAACUGUAUCCAGAAUGCAUAACUUAUUUGAAGUGAAUAGUUUUGUAAGUUCUGUUUAAAAACUGAAACAAUGAAAAAAUAAUGUACAGGUUCUAGUUAUGGAUGGAGACAGUUUAUCUGGCAUUGUUUUAGAUGGCUGAGCAACAUUUUAUAUUUCAUACACAUAAUUGGUUUAUGUGAUCUAAAUAUUGAAUUAAAAUUUGUGGAAUAUGUUAGAUGUGAAAUAUUUGUUGGUAAUUAGCAAAGUAACAAUUGCUUAAUGCCUUAAUAGAAAUACAAUAGUUCUUACUAAAGAUGUACGUUUGUUAACAAAUAAAUUUGCUCAAAAAUGUGAAUUUUCAUUGUUUAAAUGAAAUUCUAUAGAAUUUUUGUUUAAUGCUUUCAGAUACAGGAAACCAUAAAUGUUAUGUAAAUUCAAGUGUUUGUGAAUAAUCAACUUUUAAAUUUUCACUUUAUGAUGUGACAGAUAAAAAGC